GUCAUUGUAAAGGGACCGAACCCUAGUGACCUCAUCCCACAGCGGACUCCCUCCCAGCCGUCGGUUGGAGAUCGGACGGCGUGGAUCCAAUCCAACCUGCCUCCGUAACUCUGAUCCCCAGCAGCGAACAACCAGGAAAAGGAGGAAGCCGAAGGCGAAACCGAAGCUAAGGGGGAGAAGCGGCGGCGGCGGCGGCGGCGGCGGCGGCCAUGGCGUGGCGAGGGAACCUCUCCCGGGGCGUGAAGGAGAUCCGCUUCCUCUUCUGCCAGUCCUCCCCCGCCAGCGCCCCCGCGCGGGAGUUCGUGAAGAAGAACUACGGGGACAUCAAGGCGCGCAACCCGACCCUCCCCGUCCUCAUCCGCGAGUGCUCCGGCGUCGAGCCCCAGCUGUGGGCGCGCUACGAUUUGGGCGUGGAGAGGUGCGUGCGCUUGGAUGGCCUCACAGAAGCACAGAUUGACAGUAAGCUGGAGGAGCUUGCCAAGGCUGGGGGGUCGCUUAAAUCCAAAUAAUUGAGAUAAUUUUUUUUUCAACUUAAUUUGUUCCCAAAUAAGAGAAACGCUUGCAGUGGUUGUUCUUCUCUCAUAUGAUCUAUGACAUGUCGAAUUAAGUGCUGAUC